AAAAUCAGUUGUUGCGCGACGUUUCCUAUUGAAGGUUCGUUUCGUGGCUUUUCUCUUUACUUUUUGGGUUGUUGCUAAAAUAUUUGAUUUUGUACAAAAAUUCACUAAAUAAAUAAAAGUCAGUGUUUAAAUAACCAAUUCAAUACAGAAAAAUAAAUAAAAAAAAAGAAAUUUCUACAAAGUGUUAACGCUUAAACAAAAGUGCAAAAGAAGAAAUCUUUUUACCACGUCUCAAAUUUCUUUUUGUCUUUUAUAUUUUAUAAAUUUUCUACAUUUGUAUGUUAACAACACCUUUCUAUUAGUAAGCAACUAAAGUAAAAAAAAAACAACAACAACAAUAACAGCAGCUCGGCAGCAGUAGCAGCAAAUUAAUAAAACGACGUAGUUGUUGUAGUUUAUUUCAAAGUCUUCGAAUUGUAUUUAAAUAAAACAAAAAGCAAAAAAUAAAGUGGCCUUAUGAAUAAUUAACAAAAAAUAUCUACUUAAAGUUUAAUACGAAACUUAGUGUGAAAGUAACCGAAAAAAGUUUAAGUUUUUUAUAUAAAACUACAAUUAUUAUUAUAAAACAAGUGCUUUUGCAAUCGAAAUUAAAAAUCAUCCUGUACACGAGGAUCUGUAUCGUGUUGUUUUUUUAUAACGAAGUUGUGUUUUUUGCUACAAAGAUAUCCUUCAAAUAAAGUUCCGCCUUUAAGUGCUCUUAUUAUAUAAAAUAAAAAUAAUAAUUAUAAAAGCAAAGAAAUACACGACUAUUUGUUGUUAUUUUUGCCCCCCUUCAUAUCAUAUCUUCACUUUGUCAACAUUCAGUCAGUCACACGAAUUCAACAAGAUAAAAACCAGAAAAAAACGUAAUAUAAAUAAUAUUUAAACAAUUAUCACUUAUCAUCAGUGUUUCCCAAACUGCCUUAUCUAAAAUUAAAUUAAAUAAAACAAAAAUCAAAUAUCAACAUAAAACGAGAGCUUCCUAUUUAAAAUUCAUAAAAAUUUUAUUCCCAAAAAUAAAAGUAAUUAAAUUAAAAUCUAACGAAUAAUUGUUACAACGAUUAAGGUUGUGCUUAAAACCUAGGAAAUAAAUCCAAAUUAAUCUAAAUCAAAAUACAUAUUAAAGUUAAAACAAAAGUUUAAGUCUAAAUAGAGCGAACAACCAACCACUCAAUAUGGAAUCCAUGGAAUAUGAAAUGGCACGCAACAUGACGUUGCUUUUCUUCUUAGAACGUUUGCUAGACAAAGGCGAGCCCCGUACCGUUCACGAUUUGUCGUGUCAAUUUGGCAACAAGGAAUUCACCAAGGAAAUGCGUCAAAUAGCUGGUGGAUCACAGUCGGGUUUGAAGAAGUUCUUGGCUCAAUAUCCUUCCAUUUUUCUUGUGGACGGCGAUUACGUGCAAGUGAAUUGUUAUCAACAUUCCAGUUCGGAUGAUGGCAGCUAUGGUGGCAGACGUGAUUACAUUAAAGAGGCUAAAGACUAUUUUAAAAAUAAAUUAUUGCAAUACGGCGUUAGUGUAGAGGUGCCGGUGCGCAGUCUAUUGGGUCAUAGAUCACAAGCAUCACCACAAGUGAGACAUAUAUCAGGCCAACACAUUAAAGAGUUUACGGAAUUCUUGUCGAAACAUACGGAUACUUUCAAUGUGGUGGACGAUCAUGUGGUUUUGGUGGGUUGCGAAGGCAUGGAAGAAUUGCCGGCCCGAGAACGUUUGCAUUUGCCGCAAACCAAUAUCGAUACACGCGGCACUCAACAAAUGUUGGAUUUCUUUGCUCAGUGCAUAGAGUUGAAGGGACCAAUGACGGUGGAUCAGCUUUUCCAUUUGGUAACCACUAAAUUCCCCCAGGAACAGUGGUUGAGAAUGUUUAAGACACCCAGCGAUUUGAUGACAUUCUUGCGUUUGUUUUCCGAUUGCUUUCACAUACAAGCCAAUCUAGUCACGCUUCUACAAAAACCCAAACUUAGUGAUUCACACAUACAACAGUCUCAAGCGAAAUCCCGAGAGCAAUACAAUGCAAUGAAUAAUAAUCGCAAUAAUGCUCAGCCAAUUGUUCCAGCUGUUGAGAAAGCGACGCAGCCACAGCCGCAAACGACACCCCAGCAGGUGAGUGCUGUGCAACAACGUUUGCUGUCGCCUGCUUUGCGCUACAACAACAAUAGUUCUCAACAAAAUGCCAACAUGAGUAACAACAACAAUAGCAUUGCUUCGCCCAAUUUCAAACUAAAUGCUCCCGUUUCCUCGCAUGUCUCGGGCAACGGCGACCUGUCACAAACACGUUCGGAACCGAAUUCUGGUUUCGACAGCUACAUCCCCAUAUCUGAAAUGAAAUUGGAAAAUCUUUGCGAACGCAACUAUCCCACUCCCAAUCAAUGCUCUUCAUAUGGCGGCCACAACAAUUCACAACAACAACAGCAGCAGCAAGCGGGAACUAAUCACAAUCAAAAUCCGCCCGCUAUAACUUUGCCACCCCAACCGCCCACAGAGCGUCUAAAUAGUGCCAAUCAAACCUUAAAGCAGCGUAUCAACAACUUGGUCAUACGCACUUUAGCCGAAAACUACGAGAAAGACAAGCAAUCUUUAGCCAAUCAACAGGCUGGUUCUGUUGGCUACAAUCCCCAAAACUCACCCCACAACAGUCCAAGUCACAAUGCCAAUUCUGUCGGCCAUAACUCAUCCAACAACUCUCCAUACACAAAUACUCCUAGUCAUAAUUAUUUCGUUGGCGAUACUUGGAAGAUUAAGGUUCUCCAGAAUACCAGUGUCAUUGCCAACAUUAAACAAUCGCUGUUUGUCACGGAAGCCAUGCUGAAGUUUGCCCAGCAAAAUCCCAAUCAAUCGAUUGUCAUAUCGCUGGAUUGCGAGGGCAUCAAUUUGGGUGUCAAGGGUGAGAUUACAUUGAUCGAGAUUGGAACCACACGCGGCGAAGCAUUUAUAUUCGAUGUGCGCUCUUGUCCCGAAAUGAUUAACGAUGGCGGUUUGAAGGCUUUACUGGAACAUGAUAAUGUGAUAAAGGUGGUGCACGAUUGUCGCAAUGAUGCGGCGAAUUUGUAUCUACAAUUUGGCAUACUAUUGCGAAAUGUUUUCGAUACACAGGCUGCCCAUGCUAUUGUACAAUAUCAGGAAAAUGGCAAGCAAGUGUACAAGGCAAAAUACAUUUCAUUGAAUUCGUUGUGUGAACAAUACAAUGCCCCCAUCAAUCCCAUCAAGGAGCAGUUAAAACAAAUCUAUCGACGUGAUCAAAAGUAUUGGGCCAAACGUCCCUUAUCACGAGAAAUGUUGCUCUAUGCUGCCGGAGAUGUAUUAGUCUUAAUCAAUGAUCAAUUAUAUGGCAACUUAACAAGACAAAUCAAACCAGAAAAUUUACUAUUAUUUUCUGAACUUUGUACCGAACAAAUUUUAAUGCAUAUCAAACCAAAUGAAGUUAAAAUACGCAAAAAGCAACGUAAAAUAAGUACUGAAGUAUCGGAUCUCAAAAAUAAAUUGGCCCAAACAAAUAAAAGUAUUGUAUUGUCCAAUAGGGAAAUACGUUUAUUAAGAUAUAUGGACUUGACGGAAGACGAAAAGGAACGUUUGAAGGGCUACUAUAAAGUAGCUAAGAAACUAGAGAAAAUGGAAUCUUCAGGCCAGCAAAACAAAGAUCAAAGUGACUCCGAAGAUGAGCAGGAGGUCAAUGAAAACGAUAAUUUCCCCAGUUUGGAUUCAGUGCCAUCGGACAACUCAUUGACUGGCACCUUUUCGCCACGUUUCAGCUCGGAACCACCCAGUUUAACUGAAUCCAUGCAAAUGAUGGACGAAAUCAUAUCGAAUCAAUCAAUGGAUCGUAUGGCUAAAAUUGAUAAAUUGGAAGCAAUUCUAUCGGCUGUUACUUUAUUGCCCAAUGAUCAAAUUAUUACAUCCAAUUCUAUGCAGGAUCAAUUGGGUACCACAAUUGCUACUACGGAUAAUUUACAAAUCGUGCGAGAAAAAACGAAAAACAUGAAAAACUGUAACUGCCAUGGUGAGGCAAGAAGUACUACACCCACCAGCAACACUCGUGCGGUUAAUUCCGAUAAGGGUCAGGUGAAAAUGAAUGAUGCAGCAUCACAAACUUUAAGUACUGGAGACAUUGUUAUAACAAAAAUUAUAUUUGAAGAUGAACAUGAUAAGGCCAAAGAAAAAGUGUUGACUUCAUCGCCAAAACGUAAUAAUUCAUAAAAUAACAAAAAAAAAGUGAAAAAGUGAAACUUAAAUAAAAAAAAAAUUGAAAAAAAGAAAACUCACAAAAAAAUAAAUAAAAAAAAACAAAAAUUGAACACAUUAAUGAUUCCUAAAUAUUGAAAAUAGAAAGAAAUAUUUUAUUUCAUACAUAUUUUUAAUUAAACAUUUAUUUUGAUAUCCCUUUAUUUACUUUCAAUUUAUUUGUAUUAUUUUCCACAGGAAAUUAAAAAAGAAAACUUCAAAAUUUAUUAAUCAAGCAAUAUUAAAUAAAUUAUGUGCCUAAAUGUUGAACAUUUAUUGCUAAAAAAAAAACAAAUAUUAACAACAAAUUAAACCAAUUCUUAAUAUUUUCUUAAUAAAUCAAAGUUAUAAAUUUAUUACAAUAUUCCUUGAUUUUAUAUUAAAUGUUAUUUUUAUUAAUGAAAAAAAUAUAUUAAAAUUAUAAUUACAUACUAAUUUUUUGGCUUUAAAAAAUUAAAUUUUUUAUUUUUUAUUGUAAUUGUUUUAAUUUUUUUUAUAAACAACUCUAAAAGGUAAAUUCUAUUAUUGUAGAGAAUUAUAAUUAAAAUUAUUAAACAAAAAGUAACUAAAAUAAAAUUUAUUAUUAUUAUCAAUUAUUCAGUUAAUUAUUAUUAAAUAUAAAAAUAAAACUAAACAAAAUUAUUAUAAUAAAAAUCUUAAAUAAAACAAAAACAAAAA